AGCACCGUGGGACACAGACUUUGUGAACGGUGAGAAAGGUGACACAAUGGCGAGGGGAACCCAGCGUCUUAUAUUUGUCGCUCUUAAGGUACUGGCUGUGGCGCUAGCCUUGGUUCUGAUGGUUGUCAUCAUAAGAACCGCGACGUUCCCGUCCUACCAAACCUCCCCACCGGAGUGCAAGCCCACCGACCCUGACUUCAUCCCUGCUGACCAGGACAGACUGGCCCGCUUCACCUCAGCCAUCCGGUUCCGAACCGUGUCGUACGAACGCGGGGUGGGAACACCGCAGGAGUUGUCAAGGUUCAUCCAGUUCAUCCGUGAGAGUUUCCCGACGAUUCACGGCUCGCCGCUGGUCCGGAGGCAGGUCGUCGGGAACUACAGUCUGUUGUACCGAGUGGCUGGUUCGGACGCCUCGCUACAACCCUACAUGCUGGCGUCUCACCUGGACGUGGUGCCAGCCACAGAGGAAGCAAACUGGGAGGCGCCGCCGUUUUCAGGACAACUCAAAGAUGGUUAUAUCUACGGAAGAGGAACCAUAGAUAUAAAACACACUCUGAUGGGGUGUCUGGAAGCCGUGGAGUUUCUUCUAUCGAGAGGACGUCAACCUAAACGUACUUUGUACCUCGCCUUUGGACAUGACGAGGAGACGGGCGGCCAUUUUGGUGCGAAGGUCAUUGCUGACGUGUUGACUCAACAGGGAGAGAAAAUGGCGUUUAUUCUCGAUGAAGGAACUCCUGUAGGAGACGGUCUUCUGCCGGGUGUAAGUAAACAAGUUGCCCUCAUCAGUGUAGCUGAGAAAGGCGGGUUGCAGCUGCGUUUAGAGGUGGAUGAAGAAGGAGGCCACGCCUCUAUACCUAGAUCUGAGUCGGCUAUCGGAAUUCUCUCCAAAGCUAUCAGUAAGCUUGAGGACAGCCCGCACCCUAACAUGUUUGGGACGGGUCCGGAGACCCGGAUGUUGGAGUACGUUGCCACGGAGAUGACCCUGCCCUACCGGAUGUUGACCUCUAACCUCUGGCUCUUCUCCCCAUUGGUCGCCUGGGUGUACUCGAGAAAGCCGCAGACCAACGCCUUGGCCCGGACGACGACCGCCCUGACACGCUUCAACGCUGGGGUCAAGGAUAACGUCAUCUCGCCCAGGGCCACGGCCGUGAUAGACCACCGGAUACACCCAACGUCAAGUGUGGAAGAAGUCAUGGAGUUUGACCUCAAGGUCGUCAAUGAUCCCAGAGUCAAGUUCAGCGUCAUAAACAGUCGGCAGCCCUCUCCGACGUCACCUUACGGGAAAGAUUCUCCAACAUAUAUGCUGCUACAGGAGACUAUUCAACAGAUCUUCCCGGACGCCCUGGUGGCCCCCACAACCAUGGUAGGCAACACGGACACACUAUACUACUGGAACCUCAGCAGCGCCAUCUACCGGUUCAACCCGUGUGUCAUGACGUCAUCAGACCUACCCAGAUUCCACGGCGUGAACGAGAGGAUAUCCGUGAAGAGUUACGAGAGGGCCAUGAACUUUUACUAUCACCUCAUCGUGAAUAUGGACGAACCUCUGAUACUAAAGAGAUAUAGACACGAGGACGAUUUAUAGAAUAUAUAGAAGUAUAUUCUUGUUUAUUUUACUGACAUACUAGUAUAUUUUCUCAGGAUUGCGAUAAGUAGUUACAUAUUGAUAUCCUCACACAUGAUUAAAGUAACGACAGCAAAACAAGACAGUAUCAAUUGAAGAAUUACAUAAAAGGCAGCGGUUCAAAUAAACAACAAUCAAAUAAAACAAAUUAUUCAGUGAUUGCAGUUGUAUAGAUCAACAAAUUAAGGCCCUCCAUAUUAUAUAUCUGUCAUUUACACUUCUAGUAUAUUACCUUACUGGACGUCUACGUUUACAAUCAUUCAUUGGUGCUAU